AAUGAUGGAUAAGGAGACAGAAAAUCAAGAUACUCUCCAAUGUACACGUACCUUACCUCUCAAAUUCAUCAUCAUCAUUUCAUUUCUAUUUUGAUAAACCCUCUUUUAGUCUUCUGAUUUUUUGAUUCAAAAUUAAUUUCCCACAUCAUAGUACUUCUCCUGCUAAAUUCCACUCAAAAAAUCCAAAAACAAAUCAAUUAAAAUAAUCGCAAAGAAUUUUGAAGUGAGAAAGAAUCUGGUACCUUCUUUCCAUUCAUGGGUUACCCACUUCUAGAAUCUAACCCCUAUUUUUCUACUCUACUUUUUUUGAUUUGAUUGAUAUUAUCUUCUUCGUCUUCCCCAAAUUCUUCUACUUUUUGCCUAAAAUUUAGGGGUUUUGUUGAAUUUUUCUGGGAAAUGGAUGAUUGGGAUUGGGAGGUGUUGCUUCACGAUUCUCCUGAAGUAGAAAAAACUGAGAUUAAAGAUGAACAACAACCCAGAAUUUAUGCUUCUUCCUGUUCAUCUGAUGAAGUGGGUGUUAUUCGUUCUGAUUACUUUUCGCUUGAUUCACAUCAGAAGUUUGCUGGGGUUGAAGAAGAAGAUGAAGAAUCGGUGGAUAACCCUAGUUGGAUUGAUCCGAGCGGUAGCAGUAUAGCCGUAAGAGGAGAGAGAAUCAGUAGCAGUAGUAGUCGUAAUUCUGAUUCCAGUGAUCCUUCUGAUUCUCGAAAUUUGCUGCUUUUGAUUGACACUCACUCUGAUUGUGCUUUUGAUUCUGCUGUAAAUGGGGAUAACAUGGAAAUUUCUGGGGAAUUUCAUGAUUCUGAUGUUGUUGAUCAGGUUGAAGGAGGAGAAUCUGAAGAAGUAGUUGAGCAGUUAAAUUCGAAUUCGAGCGGAAGCUCGGUGACUGCUGAAGAAGGAGGAGAAGGAAGAGGAAUAAGCGAGACGAUUUCAGAGUCGAAUGAGGAGAAGAAGGUAGUGUGGUGGAAGGUGCCUUUGGAAGUUUUGAGGUAUUGUGUGUUGAGGGUUAGUCCUGUUUGGUCCUUGUCAAUGGCUGCUGCUGCGAUCAUGGGUUUCGUGAUUUUACGACGCCGGUAUCUGUAUAAGAUGAAGCGCAAGACACAGGGGUUGCAGCUUAAGGUCAUUGUUGAUGAUAAGAAGGUAUCUCAGUUCAUGAGUCGUGCUGCACGACUUAAUGAAGCAUUUUCAGUGGUGAAGCGUGUACCAAUUAUACGGCCUUCAUUGCCAGCACCUGGAUUGGCUCCAUGGCCAGUGGUGAGCAUGAGAUAGGCCCCACACAAUUCUGAUGAAAGGACAGCCGUUGUUUUGCUUUGAGGUCUGAAAGAUUGCAUGUUUACUAGUAUAUUGCCUUGAUGUGUACUUAAUAUUUUAGUCGUGUGUUUUCCUCGUUUUUUUUUUUCUUUUUUUUUGGACAAAAAGAUUUGUGUCAAACUUCUCUAGCAGUGGGUUGUAGAUUUUAGAUUCAACUUUGCUAAGGGUGUCGAACUGGCAUAUGGAUAUUCGUCAUUGUACCAAAAAAUGUUUUUCAUGUUCUGUAAAUCUACUGGAGUUACUGGAAGAUAUAAUUCUUCAGCUCUGAUGGUUCUAUCCAUUAUAUCAAUUUAGGAGGUUUAUCUUGUGUAUAGAUUGGUGUUUCUUUUAGUUUGUAGUAAAUGUUGUGUUACUCUGUAA